GCCCCACUAGCUGGGCGGAGCCGCGCCGCUCUCCGGCCUUGGGGCUGGCGGCCGCGCUGAGUCCUGUGUGCUCCUGCGAGGUCAGUCUUCCUCCCGCCGAACCGGGCGCGCGCGGCCGCGAUGAGCUGGGAGUUGCUACUGUGGCUGCUGGCGCUGUGCGCGCUCGUCGCGCUCGUGGUGCAGCUGCUGCGCUUCCUGCGGGCCGAUGGCGACCUGACUCUGCUGUGGGCCGAGUGGCAGGGGCGACGCCCAGAAUGGGAGCUGACCGACAUGGUGAUAUGGGUGACUGGAGCGUCGAGUGGGAUCGGUGAGGAGCUGGCUUACCAGCUGUCUAAACUGGGAGUGUCCCUUGUGCUGUCCGCCAGAAGAGUGCAGGAGCUGGAAAGGGUGAAGAGAAAGUGCCUUGAGAAUGGCAAUUUAAAAGAAAAAGAUAUACUCAUUUUGCCACUUGACCUGACUGACAGAAGUUCCCAUGAAGCGGCCACCAAAGUGGUUCUCCAGGAGUUUGGUAAAAUCGACAUUCUGGUCAACAAUGCUGGAAGAUCCCAGCGUUCUUUGGGUGUGGACACCAGCCUGGAUGUCUUCAAAGAGCUAAUAGAACUUAACUACUUAGGGACAGUGUCCUUGACAUUGUGUGUUCUGCCUCACAUGAUCGAGAGGAAGCAAGGAAAGAUUGUUACCGUGAAUAGCCUCCUGGGUAUCAUAUCUGCACCCCUUUCUACUGGAUACUGUGCCAGCAAACAUGCUCUGCGGGGUUUUUUUAACUGCCUCCGAGCUGAACUUGCUACAUACCCAGGUAUAGUUGUAUCUAACAUUUGUCCAGGACCUGUGCAAUCAAAUAUUGUGAAGAAUUCCCUAGUUGGAGAUGUCCAAAAGACCAUAGGCGUUGAUACUGACCAGUCCCACAAGAUGGCGACCAGUCGUUGUGUGCGGCUGAUGUUAAUCAGCAUGGCCAAUGACUUGAAAGAAGUUUGGAUCACGGAUCAGCCUUUUUUAUUAAUAACAUAUUUGUGGCAGUAUAUGCCUACCUGGGCCUGGUGGCUAACCAACAAAUUAGGGAAGAAAAGGAUUGAGAACUUUAAGAAUGGUUUGGAUGCAGAUAUCUCUUACUUUAAAGCCUGGAAGACAAAACAUGACUGAAGGAGGAGUACUUGUAUUUUUUAAGCCACCGGAGGUUGGGUUUGACCUGAAUUUCAACCAUAUUAAAUGUCAAAACAAAACAGCACACAAAUAAUCCAAUCAAGAAAUGGGCAGAGGACAUGAACAGACAUUUCUGCAAAGAAGACAUCCAGAUGGCCAACAGACACAUGAAAAAGUGCUCCAUAUCACUCAGCAUCAGGGAAACACAAAUCAAAACCACAAUGAGAUAUCACCUCACACCAGUCAGAAUGGCUAAAAUCAACAAGUCAGGAAAUGACAGAUGUUGGCGAGGAUGCGGAGAAAGGGGAACCCUCCUACACUGUUGGUGGGAAUGCAAGCUGGUGCAGCCACUCUGGAAAACAGCAUGGAGGUUCCUCAAAAUGUUGAAAAUAGAACAGCCCUAUGACCCAGCAAUUGCACUACUGGGUAUUUACCCUAAAGACACAAACGUAGUGAUCCAAAGGGGCACAUGCACCCGAAUGUUUAUAGCAGCAAUGUCCACAAUAGCCAAACUAUGGAAAGAACCUAGAUGUCCAUCAACAGAUGAAUGGAUCAAGAAGAUGUGGUAUAUAUACACAAUGGAAUACUAUGCAGCCAUCAAAAGAAAUGAAAUCUUGCCAUUUGCGACAAUGUGGAUGGAACUAGAGCGUAUCAUGCUUAGCGAAAUAAGUCAAGCGGAGAAAGACAACUAUCAUAUGAUCUCUCUGAUAUGAGGAAGUGGUAUGCAACAUGGGGGCUUAAGUGGGUAGGAGAAGAAUCAAUGAAACAAGAUGGGAUUGGGAGGGAGACAAACCAUAAGUGACUCUUAAUCUCACAAAACAAACUGAGGGUUGCUGG